AUGGAUACAGACCGAAGUUGGAUGUAUAGGCGGCUCCAGGGCGGGUUGUUGUACCCUGGUUUUGAGGAGCGCGUCCAAGAGUUUGUAAAUUUCGCUUUACGCCAUCCAGCGUGUAUGAGCGGGCCCGAUAUUAAAUGCCCUUGCCCUAGGGUGGGAUGUAAAAAUACGAGUUACCGAGAUGUCGAAACAGUGAAGCUCCACAUUUUGCAGAAAGGGUUUGUUAAAGAUUAUCAAGUUUGGGUUUUUCAUGGGGAGGGAAAUGUUUUAAAUCCCCGUCCUGUUACACAACUGCCGGAGUGUGACGUUGACAUGGAAUAUGAGGGGGGUGACGAGUUCAGCUCAGUUCAGAGAAUGGUUAUUGAUGCUGCGGGUCCAAAAAGGUUGUACGCUUCUAAAGCCACCGCCAAGCAUAUAACGUGGCACGCAGAACACGAAAUGGUUGAUGGAAAGAUGUGUCACCCGUCAGACUCCCCGGCGUGGAAACAUUUCAGUGAAUUGCAUACAGAGUUUGCGGCAGAAGUUCGAAAUAUCAGACUGGGCCUGUGUACUGAUGGGUUUCAGCCAUUUGGGGCCUUCGGGCAGAAUUAUUCAUCAUGGCCUGUAAUUUUGACACCAUACAAUCUCCCCCCAGGGAUGUGUAUGAAAGAUGAGUUCAUGUUUUUAACUGUUAUUGUCCCUGGGCCUCGAAAUCCUAAACACCAAAUGGAUAUUUUCCUACAACCGUUGAUAGCUGAGCUGAACCAACUGUGGGAAUUCGGAGUGCAGACAUUCGACGUUCAAAGGCGACAGAAUUUCCAAAUGAAAGCGGCACUUAUGUGGACAAUUAAUGAUUUUCCUGCUUAUUCGAUGUUGUCUGGCUGGAGCACAUCUGGGAGGCUGGCUUGCCCACACUGCAUGGAAAAUACGGAAGCUUUUACGCUUAAAGGGAGUAGAAAACAGUCGUGGUUUGACUGUCACAGAAAGUUCUUGCCUCGUGGUCACCCGUACCGUCGUAAUACAACUCAUUUCCGAAAAGGAAAAACCGUAACCAAUAGUUUCGGACAGCCGAAAACCGGAGAAGAAUUGUUGGCAGAGGUGGACAGUCUGGGAUUUAUGAAGGCAUAUGAAAUUGGGGCUGAGAAAAAUAAUGCUGCAAAGUCGGAAAAUUAUGGUUGGAAUAAAAAAAGUAUAUUCUGGGAUUUGCCGUAUUGGAAAACGAAUCUAAUUCGUCACAAUCUCGAUGUCAUGCAUAUUGAGAAAAACGUAUUCGACAACAUUUUCAAUACUGUACUAAAUAUUCCCGGGAAAACAAAAGACCAUGCAAAAUCGAGAGAAGAGUUGAAUGACAUAUGUGCUCGGCCUGAGUUAGCAAAAGAUCCGGUUACUGGGAGAUUUCCUAAGGCAAUGUAUGCUUUGGACAGGGACGGAAAAAAGGCUUUGCUCGAGUGGAUAAAGUUAAUAAAAUUUCCAGAUGGCUAUGCGUCCAACUUGUCCAGAUGUGUCGAUACAAUCGGUAUGAAAAUGCAUGGAAUGAAAAGUCAUGACUGCCACAUUUUUAUGCAAAGACUUAUGCCAAUCGCUCUCCGUGAGCUAUUACCGAAGGAAGUGUGGGAGCCUAUAACAGAGUUGAGUAUCUUCUUUCGUGAGUUAACCUCCACGUCUCUAACAGAGAAAGAUCUAGAUCGUAUGAGGCUGGAAAUCCCAAAGAUAUUGUGUAAGCUGGAACGUAUUUUUCCUCCCAGCUUUUUUGACUCCAUGGAACAUCUACCCGUACAUCUACCGUACGAAGCUAUGAUGGCAGGGCCGGUUCAGUAUCGCUGGAUGUACCCAUUUGAAAGAUAUUUGAGAAAACUGAAAAAAAAAGUGAGCAAUAAAGGGAGGGUGGAAGGAAGCAUUAGUAGCGGAUACUUAAAUGAAGAAACCGCAAAGUUUGCAGCUUAUUAUUUUUCAGAAGGUGACCCAAUGAUACCUGAGCGGCUGCAAAGAAAUGAAGUUUGUGACAUUGAAGUCGACGAUGAUGUUGAGAGACUAUCGAUUUUCAAGCCUCAAGGGCAAUCAGUGGGUGCUUGCCGCAAGAGAUAUCUUGAAGAUGCUGAGAUUGUUGCUGCCCGGACAUAUGUUCUGUUGAAUUGUUCAGAAAUUGAAAAUUACAGAGAGGUUUUCGAAGGCGAGUUGCGUAGAGGAAACCCUGAAAUCAGCACCUCGCAAAUUGAAGCAAAGUUCGAGAGUGACUUUGCCUGCUGGUUUCAACAAUAUGUGCAAGAUCCAACUGUCUGUACCAAUCCCUUCAUUCUUAGUCUCGCUAAAGGACCUCUUAGAUCAGUCAGAACAUUUAAGGGGUACCGUGUAAACGGGUUCAAGUUUCAGACUCAAGCUUAUGGGGAGGAACAACUUACAAUGAAUAGUGGAGUCUGCGUAAGGGGAACUCAAUAUGUCGAUAGCGAAAAUGACUUUUAUGGAUUUCUGACAGACAUAAUUGAGUUAGAGUAUCCAGCGCUUCCAAUGAAAACGACUGUCUUAUUUAAAUGCGAAUGGUUCGACCCAGCGCAAAAUUCAGGCACAAUUAGUAACAAAAAAUACAACAUGGUGGAUAUUAAUAACAGAAGGAGAUACAACAAGUAUGAACCGUUCAUCUUAGCUGAACAGGCCGAUCAAGAUAAAGGCGCGAUCAGAGCUUGA